GCCUAACUUCAUUAUAUUGUUCGAUCAUCAUCAUCGUUCGUUCAUCAAUCAAGCGGCUGAAUAUUUCGUAAUAUUACUUUAUUUUUAGCGUCUUGUGCCAAUAUUAAUUAAUUUUAAGCGUUAAUAAUUAACUAAACAUCCUCACGGAUUCCUAAAAGUGAUACCCUUAUCGGUUAUGUUUGCAAUCCCGCAUAUGCUUUGUUGUGUGAAACACCUUUAUCUGCUGUCACUGUGAGCAUUGCAAGUUAAAUUUUACAAGUUUUCGAUAAUGAAACAUAAGUUGCUUGUCGAAUACAAAGUGUUCGAGUGAUAAUCUGAACAAAGAUUCGGUGGCCCGACUGUGCAGUGUCGUGAUGAGAGUAGAGUUGGGUGUGGGAAGAGUGCAGCUGUGGUGAUGCAGUGCGGUGGUGUUUGAGUGGCAGCGAUCUAGUAGGUAGCAGCAUGGAGGUGUGCAAGGACGGGGAGCGGCUGCAGCGGCUGCGCGCGCUGGAGGAUCGGCUGUGCGACCCGCGCUCCGCCGGCAACGUGGACUGCCUGCUGGACACGGUCACGGCGCUCGUGUCCGACUGCGACCACCCCGCCAUCCGCCGCAUGAAGAACGUCGAGGCCUACACCAGCAGAUAUGAGAUGUUUGCUUCUGAGAUAGUUGAUCUGCGUAUGAAAGCCGCGGACUUUGACCUGAUCAAAGUAAUCGGUCGAGGGGCAUUCGGUGAGGUGCAACUAGUCAGACAUAAAUCAACACAGAAUCUUUAUGCAAUGAAGCUUCUUAGUAAGGUGGAAAUGAUUAAGAGAUCUGAUUCUACAUUCUUCUGGGAGGAGAGGCAUAUAAUGGCACACGCCAACUCUGAGUGGAUUCUUAAACUUCACUUUGCAUUUCAAGACCACAAGUAUCUGUACAUGGUCAUGGACUAUAUGCCUGGCGGAGACCUCGUCAGCCUCAUGUCUGAUAAUUAUGAUAUACCUGAAAAAUGGGCAAAGUUUUACACCAUGGAAAUUGUCCUCGCCCUAGAUGUCAUCCAUGGAAUGGGGUUCGUUCACAGAGAUGUGAAGCCAGACAACAUGUUGAUAGACAAGUACGGCCACUUGAAACUAGCUGACUUUGGCACCUGCAUGAGAAUGGGCCCCGACGGCCUGAUAAGAGCCAGCAAUGCAGUGGGCACUCCUGACUACAUAUCCCCAGAAGUGCUACAAUCACAAAAUGGUGAAGGAGUUUAUGGCAGGGAAUGUGACUGGUGGGCUGUAGGAAUAUUUUUAUAUGAAAUGUUGAUAGGCGACCCUCCAUUUUAUGCUGACAGUCUCGUUGGUACUUAUGGAAAAAUUAUGGAUCACAGGAACUCAUUGCAAUUUCCUGAUGACAUAGAAAUAUCAAAGGAGGCAAAGUCUCUGAUAAGAGGCCUACUCACAGACAGAGUCAAAAGAUUGGGGAAGGACAGUGUGGAAGAAAUAAAGCAGCAUCCAUUCUUUAUCAAUGAUCAAUGGAGUUUUGAAAACCUGCGAGAGUCGGUCCCGCCCGUGGUGCCCGAGCUCAGCAGCGACGACGACACGCGCUACUUCGACGACAUCGAGAAGUCGGACGCGCUGGACGAGUCCUUCCCCGUGCCCAAGGCAUUCGUGGGCAACCACCUGCCCUUCGUGGGGUUCACGUACAAUGGCGACUACCAGCUGUGCGCCGGCAAGAGCAAGCCGGCCGACGUGGUGGACACCGCGCCCAACCACAUGAACAGCGUGGGCUCGGAGGCCAUCCUGCAGCUGGAGAAGCUGCUGGAGCGCGAGCGCGACGCGCGGCGCGGCGCCGAGGAGCGGCUGGCGGGGCUGUGCGCGCAGCACGAGGCGCUGGCGGCGCGGGAGGCGCGCGGGCUGCAGCAGCUGGCGGACGGCGGCAAGGAGCUGGCGCUGCUGCGGCACGACCUGCGCGAGGUGCAGCGUAAGGCCGAGCAGGAGGCCGACGCGCGCCGCAAGGCCGAGGCCAGCCACGCCGACGCCAAGCGCCGCUUCGAGGAGGAGCAGAACAAGCGCGUCAAGGAGAUGGCCAACAUGCAGAUGUACAACGACAAGAUCAACGCGCUCGAGAAGCAGCUGCUGGAGGUGCGCGAGAAGCUCAAGCAGGAGGCGGAGGCGGCGGCCAAGUCGCGCAAGCAGGCGGCCGAGCUGAGCGCGGCGCAGGCGGCGGCGGCGGCGGCCAGCGACGGCACGCUGGCCUCGCUGCGCGCGCAGCAGGAGGCGCUGGAGAGCGAGCGCGCGGCGCAGGGCGAGGCGCUGGCGGCGGCCACGGCGGCGCGCCAGCGGGCCGACGCCGCGCUGGCCGAGGCCGCGGCCCGCCUGGGCGCCGCGCACGCCGAGACCGAGCGCGCCGCCGCCCGCGCCGCGCGCCUGGCCGCCGACAACGCCGCGCUGUCGGAGCGCGUGGCGGCGCUGGAGAAGGAGUGCGCGUCGCUGGCGCACGAGCAGCGCGCCGCCGCGCACCUGUACCAGCAGGAGCUGCGCGCGCACCGCGACACGCAGCGCUCGCAGCUGCUCAACAAGGAGGAGGCCAACCUCGAGCUCGUCAAGGCGCUGCAAGGCAAGCUGGGCGAGGAGAAGGCGACGCGCGCGCGCGCCGAGGCCGCGUGCCAGGAGAAGGAGCGCCAGAUGUCCAUGCUGCGCGUCGACUACCGACAGAUGCAGCAGCGACUGCAGAAGCUGGAGGGGGAGCACCGGCAGGAGAGCGAGAAGGUGAUCGGCCUGCAAGCGGCUCUAGAGCAAGAGAACGCGGCCCGCUGUUCCCUGGCCAGUGAAGUGAACGCGGCGGAGACGGCGGCGCGCACGGCGGCGUCCGAGCGCGAUGCACGGGCGCGCGAGCUGGCCACCGCCCGGGCCUCGCUGCACGAGGCGUCAGAGAAACUGGCCACGGCUAAUGCUGAAAGGGACAUGUACUAUUCUAGGAGCGAAGAGCUCCGCUCGCAACUAGAGAACGAGCAGCACUUCUGCCACGUGUACCGCACGCAGAGCAACGAGCUUCGAGCCCAGCUGGAGCAGGAGUGUAGGGGAGCCCGCGAGCUGGAGCAGGAGCGCGCCGGGCUGCUGCACCAGCUGCAGCUGGCCAUCGCGCGCGCCGACUCCGAGGCCAUCGCCAGAUCGAUAGCCGAGGAGACCGUGGCCGAGCUAGAGAAAGAGAAAACGAUGAAGGAGCUGGAAUACAGAGACGCGGUGUCGUCGCACCGCGCCGAGCUGGCGGCUAGAGACGCACUGGUGCAGGGGCUAAGGGACAGAGAUCAUGAGAAUCUUGCUACUAUUGAUCUGCAGCGGAAGGAGGUGGACGAGCUCCGGCGCAGCGGCACGGCGCUGGCGGAGCGCGCGGCCUCGCUGUCCCGUCUCCAGGACGAGAUCGAGAGGCUCAGCAAGAAGCUCAACUCCGAGGUCAUGCUGAAACAGCAGGCGGUUAAUAAGCUGGCUGAGAUCAUGCACAGAAAAGACAUGAACCCGGCCAACGCCAAAAACAAGAGCAAGGUCUCCGCGCGCAAAGAAAAGGACUACCGCAAGCUGCAACAGGAACUCACGCGGGAGAAGGACAAGUUCGACCAGCACGUGGCCAAGCUGCAGCGGGACCUGCAGGAAGCAUUGCAGCAGCUGUUGGACGAGCAGGCCACGCGCGCCAAGCUCGCCAUGGAGGUGGACAGCAAAGACGCGGAAAUCGAGCAGCUAAAAGAGAAGCUGGCAGCCCUGACCAGCGAGACGGCCUCUCAGUCCUCAGCUGAUGCAGAAGACGGAGAGAACGAACAGACCCUCGAGGGCUGGCUCUCCGUGCCCUUCAAGCAGAACAUACGCCGCCACGGCUGGAAGAAGCAAUACGUGGUGGUGUCUUCCAAGAAGAUUAUCUUCUAUAAUUCGGAGAAUGACAAGCAGAAUACUACGGAUCCUGUGAUGAUUUUGGAUUUGAGCAAAGUGUUCCACGUGCGCUCCGUGACCCAAGGCGACGUGAUCCGCGCCGACGCCAAGGACAUCCCGCGCAUCUUCCAACUGCUGUACGCGGGCGAGGGCGAGGCGCGCCGCCCCGGCGACCUGGCCGACCAGCCGCCCGACAGCGCCGACAAUGCCGGCAACACGGUGCAGUACAAGGGGCACGACCUGGUGUCCAUCACGUACCACAUCCCGACGGCGUGCGAGGUGUGCCCGCGCCCGCUGUGGCACAUGUUCCGUCCGCCGCACGCCUAUGAGUGCAGACGUUGCCGCAUGAAGGUGCACGCCGAGCACGUGUCGGACGGCGAGGGCGUGGCGGCGUGCAAGCUGCACGCGGACCGCGCGCGCGAGCUGCUGCUGCUGGCGGGCGCGGCGGCCGAGCAGCGGCGCUGGGUGGCGCGCCUCGCCCGCCGCAUCACGCGCCACGGCUACCGCGCCUCGCAGCACGACCACCACAAGCUGUCCCCCAGGUACACACACACACACACACACACACACACACACACGAGCAGCGGCGCUGGGUGGCGCGCCUCGCCCGCCGCAUCACGCGCCACGGCUACCGCGCCUCGCAGCACGACCACCACAAGCUGUCCCCCAGAGACUCGAUGCGUUCGAACUUAAAGGCGGCGUACAUGAACGCAUCGCAGCGCAGCUCCACGCUGCCCGCCAACGCGUCUCUACCGCGCCAGUGAGCCGUCCCGCUCGCACGCGCCCGCCCGACCACUGCGAGACAGGGACAGAGAGAGGAAGAGGAAUACAAGGUAUUAGGGACCCAGUCUGAAGGUAUUAAUUACGACUCAAUAGAUCGGUAGGAGAUUCUUAAGUUGUAUAUUUGUAUCUUCAAACUCGGCGAGCCCGGUGUAGAAGAUACGAAGUAGUUGGGAGCGCUGACAAUAAAUAGAACGUAUAAUUCCCGUUGAAGCUCUCUUAUGUUCUACAUCGGACGGAGUAGUGUUGAAACGAUAGGUGAUAGAUAGAUACAGUGAUCGUCCAUCUUUGUCUCGCAUUUAGCGUGUCUUGUAAGGCGAAGGAUAUGUUGUUGAUUCGUGAUUUUGUAACAAUAUUUGUGUUGCAUUACUCCUAACCUGACGAUGCGAAGCCUAAUUUACAUAUUUUUGUGAUUAUAAUGUUUACGGACAAGUCUUACAUGCCAAUUAUGUUUGCUCACAAAACAAACUUAUAGUGUGAAGACUAACGAAAUGACAAAGUAGAAAUUAUUUGUGAGUAAUUAAAAUGAGAAUAGGUAGGGACGGUUUACCGCAAGUUCCGCCCACAUUAUGAAAGACUUGAAGGUGUUACAGGUAAUUUUCUAGGCGUAGCUGAGAAUGGCCGAGCCAUCCAGACGUAACUAAUGUUAUUUAUUCGGAGUCCUAAAUACCGAUUAUUCGUGAUACAAUAAUUAUUUGAUACGAGUUUUUAUAUUGCUUCUACAUGUAGUGAAGCGAUGCGGCAUCUAUUCCAGUGAAGCAGUUAAGCAUUAGCUAGUCUUUUAAUUGUGUUAGUAUAUUCAAGACGGUAGCCAUAGCGAUCUAUAAGUACUUGAAUGUGCCCUCGUCAAUUAAUAAAAUGUACUUAUUUUAGCAUUCAUACCAAGACAAUGUGAACAUUCAUAACAUGAAAAUGUCAGUAUACAUUUUUCUGCUCAGGUUCACUGUUCAACACAUUAACUAACUAAAUCUUUACUAGUAUACCUAUUAUAAGUACAUUACAUAUUGUGUUGAUUGAUAUUAUAAUGAUCUUUGUUUCUUUGGCUUUAUCUAAUUGUUAAUUCGCGCAUUUAUAAGGUUUCCAUUGCUUCAUUUAGGCACAGGUCUGUUUAGUGUUGUGUAUCGGAGAAAGGUGAUGGAUACUUGAAUUGUUUGUCUGCCAGCUUGAUAUCGAAGUGCAUUUUGAUAAAGAAUUGUAACGUAAGUACAUAUUUGUACUGUCGAUGGUGUUCUAACUGCGAGACCCACGCUCCGCAUUCGACAUCAUGUAAUGUACGAAACGUCAGAGAAUUUAUUUUUGUAAUAUAAAUAUUGUGUUUUCCAAAAUAACAUAGAUUUAUUUAAUGGAACGCCACGUUGACUGUGUUGAUGCCUAAUAAAGUUACCUGCCUAAUGUACAAAACUCAAAAACGUACAAACGUAGUGAAUAGAACUUCUUUCCAAGUUUAGAUGUUCCGAUGUGUUAAAUGUAGCUUCACAGUUCAUGGUGGUGGCCACGGCGAGGCCCCUCAUCACAUGUCCACUGAUGCACUGUUUUUAAUGACACUUAUUAAAAUUUCUAGUUGCAUUUUCCUACUAAAUCGCACCACUUUGAGUAAAAUAAGAUUCUUCUAAGAGAGAAACGAAUAUUUUGUCACUUAAUGAAUCCCUAUUGCAGCACCAGUUUAGUUGAUAAGCGGUACUAUUGUAGUGUACAGCGCGGUGCGUCGCUGCCCCGCGUGGCUGUUUCAUGAUCGACCAAGUUUUGCUCAUCGCAAUAAAUCGAAUACCGUGCCAUAUCCACACCGACCCCGCGGUCCACCCUUGCUCAAUCCCGCACGACUCUCUCGCGUGUUACUUAAAUUUGAAAAGACUUUCCUAACGACUAAUGAGCUUCCCCAAAUCACAUGAUUUUUCGUAGUAUAGUGUAAAUUUUUGAGCUUAUUUCCACGUUCUUGUAGUUACACACUAACGGGUCCCUAGGAUCAAAGUGUUAUAAAACCAGUGUCUUAACCGCAUACUUGUAGUUAUUUAAAACGUAGAUAUAACUAGUAAAAAAUCACGAUUAGGUGCCAAAAUUUUAUAUCUUACAAAAUUAAAGAACUGCAAGUGAAUAUUCUUUACUAGAACUCGUGCAGACUGCAACAUGGUUGUUAUUGGACGCCGAUAUCUGGGAUCGUAGUUACUACGCAUAUUAUAGUGUCGCUGGUAUAUAACUCGUGGCUGUACAUAAGGUGGCACGCCUUGUGAUGGUGAAGUACAAAGGUAGGCGACACCCGUGGUGCUAGGCGGAAGGGCCUCCGACGCUUGUUGUUAUUUAUACUUCUUGUUCUCGUUAAAAGUUAUACGCGCUGUUUAUUAUUGCUCCAUGAUCACUGUUUACAUUCCUCCAACGAAAGCUAUGUUGAGUUUUGUUUAUCGUAGUUUUAUAUCGACUCAAGUCGAGCUCGCCCCGGUCUGUAGGCCGGUGGUUGAGCCUUCACUUGUUUUGUGUAAAUGCUUUUAUUUUUGUAGUCUUAAGUUCAAACAAUCUCUGAUUUAUGUAUCGAUAUAGGAAUUUCAACAUUACGUACGUACUUAAGUUUUGGAAAAUUAGCAGUCCAUCGUAGUUCUGCCUACGCUUAUUUUUGAGAUGCAUUUUGAAAUUUAUUUUUAGGGCAGCUAUGUGUUUUGAUUUGUUCAUUCAUUAUCACUCUCAUUCCUUGUGUAUCUGUCUUAUUUGUUUGAAAUGGUUUGUUUGCCAAAGAUAUUAUUGAAAUUCAGAAUUGACGAAAUUUACAAUUUGUUUCGAAUUUAAUAGAGUUCAUAUUACUUUUAUCUUCCAUUUAUUUUUUUGGUGUUAAUCUAAUACUUACUAUGCAUAAUUAAUUCGUUUUAUACAUUUCGUUGUUGAAAGUAUUUUUGAUGGAAUGCAUUAUUGCAAAUGAAGCUAAAAUACUUCCAAAACGUGUUUAUCUAUAAUAUAAUAAACUGUGAAAAAUCAUGUUUAUGUAAAUUAUUUAUUACUACAUAUUUCAUUACAUUUAUAUACGUUAUUUAUCAGCUACAGUUGUAAGUUCCUAACUUAGCUAGCUUCUCAUAAUCUGUAAAGAUAUUCUCAAGUAGCUUGUUGCUGAUAGUUCAUUUUGUAUAACAAUUUUAUAGUUAGUGGGUAUAUUUUUAUGUUAAUAAUAUAAUAUCGAUGAAUCUAUUAUUUCGUACAUGGAUAUAUGGUAAGGAAUUGAGUCAUUGUUGUUUCUGUGUGUGUAGGCUGUUCCCACACACUGCAAUAUACUACCCACGUGCCUUAGCUACGGCCCAUGCCCAUAUCACGUAGGACUAUGUUAUGUAUCAAUAGUUGUAAUGUACAUAUGUUUUUAAAUAAACCAAUAUUUUAUGGAUUUUUUAAGGAAUUUGUAUAUUGUAAAGAUUAUUAAUUUUAUCAUAAAAUUAAUGCCUAGCUUUUAAGUGCUACAUUUGUGAAAAUAAAUAACAUUUUAAUUAAAA